AUGACGACCAAGUUGCAGUUGUUUCAAAUGAAUGAAAUAGAUGAGUUUCGGUAUCAUGCAUAUGAGAGUGCGAGUUUGUAUAAAGAAAAGAUGAAGCACUAUCAUGAUGUCAAACUUCUGAAGAGAGAUUUUCAACUGGGUGAUUCGGUGUUGCUAUUCAAUUCAAGGUUGAAGCUCUUUCCUGGCAAGUUGAAAUCCAUGUGGUCGGGCCCUUUUACUUUGGUGAGUGUGUCACUCAUUGGGUCGAUGGAGUUAAAGUCCGACGAAGGGACUCGUACUUUCAGGGUGAAUGGCCAUCGGGUAAAGCACUGCCAUUGGAUGGUUGAUGGGGACAAGAUUGUUGAUGCUCACCGGUUGAAACAUAGCACCGGACCUUAA